UCCUCCUCCUCCUCCUCCUCCUCCACAUUCCAUGUCGGCUCCCUCUGCUCGACGCGGACCAUGACGAUCUACAGCAGGUCGCUGCGAUCCCUGAUCGCCAGAAGCCCCAGGAAUUCCCGAACCUUCCUCGCCGCCGCCGCCGCCACAACCGCCGCCCCCGCCGGCGCCUCCUCCUCCUACGCGGUCCCGUCUCCGUUCACGCCGCUCUUCAUCAACCCCUUCCUCCACUCCAGCUUCCCCAACAGGUUCCUCUCUCCCCUCUCGAAAUGGAUGAUCGCGCGGCCCCCCCAGGGCCCGCUGUUCCUGUCCCUGCCCCCGUGGAAGCUCUCGCAGUCGGCGACGCCGCUCCAUCUCCGGAGCGGCGGCGGCGGCGGCGGCGUCGUCCUGCGGAAGGUCGAGGCCUUGAAUUUGAAGCUCGAUUCGCUUCGCCGGGGGCGAAGGGUCGAGGCCGCGGCCGGAAUCGGGGCGGUGGCUUUGGAGCCGAAGUUGGUGGAUCGGGGCGCGUCGGAGGAGAGGUCGAGCGAGGGUUUCGUGGAUGGGUUUGUGAAUUUGCCCAAUUUGAUCUCCAUAAGCCGUCUCGUUUCGGGUCCUUUGCUUGGAUGGAUGAUCGUGAAUGAAUGGUAUGCUGCCGCAUUUGUGGGGUUGGCUGUCUCUGGAGCAACUGAUUGGCUAGAUGGGUAUGUGGCUAGGAAGAUGAAUAUAAAUUCAGUUGUGGGUUCCUAUCUUGACCCACUUGCUGACAAGGUUCUAAUUGGUUGUGUUGCACUGGCUAUGGUACAUAAUGAUCUUCUGCCCACUGAACUUGUUGGACUGGUUGUGUUGCGAGACGUCUUUCUUGUUGGUGGAGCGAUGUACAAAAGAGCUAGCGACUUAGGUUGGCAGUGGGCAAGUUGGUCUGAUUUCUUCAACCUCAAUGGGCCUCAUCGAGAAAAGGUUGAACCUCUCUUUCUCAGCAAGGUAAAUACGGUUUUCCAAUUGGUUCUGGUUGCUGCCGCCCUCUUGCAACCCGAAUUUGGAACCCAAGAAACUCAAUCAUACAUUACAUACUUGAGCUGGUUGGUGGCGUCUACGACAAUUGCGUCCACCGCAGCAUACGGUGUGCAGCACGUGAGAAGAUCCACAUCCGUCCUAAGAAAUCGCUAGGCCUAAUUUCUCUCUACAUGACUUCAGAGAUGGUGUACAUAACUCAGAGUCGGCAAUUUCUGCAAUAUCUUUGAUCUUUCGAAUAAGGGAUUGCAGCCUCUAUUCAGAAUUCCGAUUUGCCAAAGAAAGAUGAUCAAUGGCUAGCCAUGGAAAUCUUGGCACGCGAAAACAGCGGCCAAAAAGAGGGAAGUGCAAUUAUCAGACGAAUGGAUUCCCCCUCUCUUUCCAUGAGAUCAUCUUCUUGCGGGAUUCUCCACUCGUGCACAUGGGCAUGUGUACAAAACGGACUGUAUCAGGAAGACAUUCUGAGACCAGAGCAUUUUAAUCUUGUGAACUUUUCCAUCAAUGCCAUGACUGUCCAUGGCAAAGUUGCGUCCCUAGGGGGUUUGCCCCUGCAGACAUGUCUUUGGACGUUUUGUGUAUGUUGGUAAGGACAUCAUGCGUCCUGUUCUCUCUCA